AUGCUUGAAACUGUGAAAUACUUGAUUGGUGCCGCCGGUCCAAGUGGUUUCGGCUCCAAGUCCACUGCCGAGCAAGUCACAAGCCACUGCCCGGAACUUCACUCUAUUACUGCAAUUAUUACAGGAGCCACGUCUGGGAUCGGUGCUGAGACGGCUAGGGUUCUUGCUAAGAGAGGAGCGCGGCUUGUGUUGCCGGCUCGGAGCAUGAAAGCCGCCGAGGAUACUAAGGCUCGUAUCUUGUCGGAGUUCCCGGAGUCAGAAAUUAUUGUUAUGUCUCUUGAUCUUAGCUCUCUUCUCUCUGUACGGAAAUUUGCUGCUCAAUUUCGCUCUCUCAAUUUGCCUCUCAAUCUCCUCAUAAACAACGCCGGAAAAUUCUCGCAUCGGCACGCCAUAUCUGAAGAUGGAAUCGAGAUGACUUUUGCCACUAAUUAUUUAGGUCAUUUUUUGUUGACAAAACUAUUGCUGAAGAAUAUGAUCGGAACGGCAGAGAAGAGCGGCGUUCAAGGAAGAAUAGUGAAUGUAUCUUCAAGCAUUCAUAGCUGGUUUUCUGGCGAUCCCAUUAGUUAUCUUUCGUUGAUAAAUAAGAACAGAAGUGAUUAUUUCGAUGGUACACGUGCAUAUGCUCUCUCGAAGCUUGCCAACGUUUUGCAUACCAAGGAACUUGCUCAGAGACUUCAGGAAAUGAAAGCCAACGUCACAGUUAACUGUGUGCAUCCAGGGAUUGUGAGAACAAGACUCACUAGAGACCGUGAAGGCCUCGUCACAGAUUUGGUAUUCUUUUUGGCUUCAAAGCUUUUAAAAACAAUUCCUCAGGCAGCUGCAACAACCUGUUACGUUGCUAUACAUCCAAGACUUGCAAAUAUCAGUGGAAAAUACUUUUCAGAUUGCAAUGAAAUUUCAACCUCGAAAUUAGGGUUCAACUCAACAGAAGCUGCAAGAUUAUGGUCCAUCUCUGAAAUCAUGGUAGCCCAGAAAAUCCAGGCCGUUCAUUCUCAAUCUAGGAGAACAUAA